AUGGCUGAUAUAGCCAGGAAGCCCCCACAGAAUUUAGAUGGCUUUAUGAGUAAAGCCGAGAAGUACAUCAACCAGGAGGAGACACUUCGAGCCCUAUUGGGACCCGAGCAAACUCGCCCAUCCACUUCCGGGAAUCCAAAAAAGAAGAAUCCUCGCAAAGAAGAACGAAAGCGGGUUCCAGAAGAAGAGGCUAGGCCAAAGCGGGAUCAAGAGUCCCUAAGGGGUCACAACUGGACACCCCUCAACGCACCCAUUAUGGAUGUUCUCCUGGAGAUAAGGCGAGACCCAACGUACAGAAAACCCAGACCGGUGCUCGCAAAUCCGCAUUCACGAUACGCCGACCAGUAUUGUGCGUUUCAUGAUACUACCGGUCAUCGCACGGAAGCUUGCAUAUCCCUGAGACUUCUGAUUGAACGCUUCAUAGAAAACGGAAAACUUGUCCGUUUCCUUGCAGAUCAAAGAACUCGGCAAGACCCGGAGCCCGCCAAUCGCCCCCAUCAGAAUCGGUUCCAUCAGAAUCAAAACAAUCCCCGGGAUGAUCGAGGAAGAAAUCAGGAAAGGGGAAGGGAACCGGAGCGCAGGCCAGACCCUCGGGCUGCACGAGAAAGAAGUAGGAGCCGAGCCAGACCAGCACUGCAGGAAAACCUUCCGGAGAUACAGACGAUCUCGGGGGGUUUCGGAGGAGGCGGAGAAUCUAGCUCGGCGCGGAAGGCAUAUGCAAGGCAGCUACGGGAUUUUGAGGUGUACUCGGUGCAGAAACCUCCAAAAUCCCGAAAACGAGACGCCCAAGUGAUCGGGUUCUCAGAUGAUGAUUACGCAGGAGUAUCACUCCCGCAUACCGACGCUCUGGUACUGAGUCUGGCCAUAGCCAACCACAAAAUACACCGCAUCUUGGUUGACACAGGCAGCUCGGCUGACAUCCUCUACAGGUCAGCCUUCGAGCAAAUGAAGAUUGAUCGGAGUAAGGUGAUCCCGGCGAGACAUUCGCUUGUGGGAUUCACAGGAGAGCAAGUACUCCCACUCGGGUCCAUCGAGCUUCCGGUCACAGCAGGGAUGUACCCGAGACAGAGGACGAUAAUGGUUCGGUUCUUGAUAAUUGACCGACCAUCAGCUUACAACGCCAUCCUCGGAAGAACAGCCCUCAAUGAAUUUAGGGUUGUGACCUCAACGCCUCACCUGAGCAUGAAAUUCCCCACCGAAGAGGGAGUCGGUGUUGAAAAAGGAGACCAGAGGAUGGCCCGAGAGUGUUAUAAUACAAGUUUGAAGAAGCUCCCGGAAGCUGCGAGACUCGGGGAGAAGAAGAAGGACGAAGAAAAAUAG